GAAUGAAAACUUUUUGACAGUUCACGCACUGUGUUGUGUAACUAUUAUCGAAAAAGCAUUUUUAGCUUGCGAUAAUGAGCCAGUUAUUGAAAUAUAAAUAUUACGAUACGCCCGAAGGGCAGGACAUCUUUUUGAAGACGGUCGCGCUUGGUAAAUAUGCCGCUCUGGCUGGUGUUGCAGCCGCAUCUCUCGAUGUGCUCAUGUUUUCUCAUCCCAAGGGUUUCGCGAGCACAGCCGGACGAUUCGGUUGGUACGUUGGUCCUCUGGUCGGCAUGGCUGCAGGAUAUGUGGUGACCCACAACGCCAUGCAGAACAUAAGAGGCAAGAACGAUAAGAUCAACUACUUCUUGGGUGGUGCCGCGGCUGGCAGCAUUUUAUCCGCCUGGGCAAAGGCUCCCAUUUUCGCCGUACCCGCGAUGUUGAUCCUUGGCGUUGCUGGCAUCGUUAAGAAGACCUCCGUAGACGAAAAGUGGGACUUCUUCCCUGAUAUGCCCCAAGCUACUAAGACAAUCACAUCAGUUAGGAAUGACUGGACUAUGGUCAAAGAUAUUGAGGAACUGAAGAACUGGACUACUAAGUAAAGGGUCCUAGAACAACAAAUUCAGUGCAACUCAGUAGAAUGUAAAUAAGAUCAGUUUGUAAAAUUACCUUUAUUUAAGUGUUAAAAUAAAAAAAAAGUUAUUUUACAAAA